AUGUCCGGAGGAGACAUGGCCAAACCCCUGCUGGGCCAUCAGAGCACAGAGGGUGAUCCCAGCAUCACACCUGCGGCCGGCCGCACCAUCGGGGUGCUGGGGAGUGGGGACUUUGCACGGUCGUUGGCCAUCCGCCUGGUGUGCUCUGGGUUCAAGGUGGUGGUCGGCAGCCGCAACCCGAAGCGCAAAGCCGGCCUCUUCCCUUCGGCAGCAGAAGUCACCUUCCAGGCUGACGCGGUGAAGAAGACGGAUGUCAUUUUUGUGGCGGUUUUCAGGGAACAUUACUCCACCCUCUGUGACCUGGCUGAUGUGCUGGUAGGCAAGAUCCUGGUGGACGUUAGUAACAACACCGAGAUCAACCAUCACAAAGAAUCCAACGCCGAGUACUUGGCUUCCCUGUUCCCAGCCUGCACCGUGGUCAAGGGGUUUAACAUGGUUUCUGCGUGGACGCUGCAGUCAGGUGCCAGGGAUGGAAAUAAGCAGGUUCUGAUUUGCUCAAAUAACCAAGAAGCCAAGCGCAUUGUAGCAGAAAUUGCUCAAGUCAUGGGAUUCACCCCUGUGGACAUGGGCUGCAUGUCAUCAGCCUGUGAGAUCGAGAACAUCCCCCUGCGCCUCUUGCCAGCCUGGAAAAUCCCCAUUUUUUUGGCUCUAGGGCUCUUUCUUUGCUUCUUCACUUACAACUUGAUCCGGCAGGUCAUCCACCCAUACAUCAGGGAGCAGAAGAACAAGUUGUACAAGAUCCCCAUCGAGGUGGUCAACACAACGCUGCCGUGCGUGGCCUACGUCAUGCUGUCUCUCGUCUACCUGCCCGGGGUGCUGGCAGCCUGCUCACAGCUCUACUAUGGCACCAAAUACAGGCGCUUUCCAGAUUGGCUCGACCAGUGGCUCCAGCACCGAAAGCAGAUUGGUCUCCUCAGCUUCUUCUGUGCAGCUCUGCAUGCCGUGUACAGCCUCUGUCUGCCCAUGCGCCGCUCCCACCGCUACCAGUUAAUCGAGACAGCCGUUAAGCAGGCUGUGGAGAAGAAGAUGAAUAUCUGGGUAGAGGAGGAAGUCUGGAGGAUGGAGAUUUAUAUCUCUGUUGGAAUAAUUGCCCUGGGCUUGCUGUCGUUACUUGCCAUCACUUCACUUCCAUCCAUCGCAAACUCUCUCAACUGGCGGGAAUUCAGUUUCAUUCAGUCCACCCUUGGAUUUAUUGCCUUGGUAAUCAGCACUCUGCACACACUCACGUACGGAUGGUCGAGGGCCUUCGAUGAGAACCAGUACAAAUUCUACCUGCCUCCGACCUACACCCUCACGCUGCUUGUCCCAUGUACUGUGAUCCUAGCAAAAGUCAUCUUCAGUUUGCCCUGCAUCCAGCAAAGACUUCUGCGAAUCAGGAGGGGCUGGGAGAAGGGGAGAUACGUGAAGUUUGUUCUGCCCAGCGCAACGGGGGAAUAUUCAAGCGGGGAGACCUCUAGCAAUGUCUAACAGAGCCCCGGCUGUGACAGAAUAUUUCAAAGCACUAUCAACAUUUCUGUAAAG